AUGCCAACCAUCGACAAAGGUGAUAAAAUUCUGGUCACCGGAGCCAACGGAUACAUCGCAGCCUGGGUGACCCGUUUACUGCUAGAGCGAGGAUAUGCUGUUCGCGGAACUGUACGCUCGGAAGACAAAGGGGAAUUUAUGAAAAAUUAUUUUAACGGCGUCGGAAUAGGAGAAAAGUUUGAAACAGUCAUUGUUGAUGAUAUUAGCAGGGAUGGAGUAUUUGACGAGGCUGUUAAGGGUGUCCAUGCCAUUGCCCAUACGGCCUCACCUUUCCAUUUCAGAUCCAAAGAACCAAAGGAAAUCAUCGAGCCUGCCGUAAAGGGUACUAUAGGCAUUUUGGAAGCUACCAUUAAACACGGACACGAUGUAAAACGUAUUGUCAUCACAUCUUCAACGGCGGCUAUCAUGGGCAACCAGGCUGAGAUUUUCACUGAAGCUGAUUGGAACAACGUUUCAGUAAAAGAAGUAGAUGGAAAAGGUUCCGAGGCCAGUCCUAUUCAUAUGUAUUGCGCUUCUAAAGCUUUAGCUGAGAAAGCUGCGUGGAACUUUUACGAAAAACAUGCUGGUGCGAUAAAAUGGGACAUAACAACUUUGAAUCCGCCCUACCCUGCUAUUCAUGAUGUUAGAGCGGUGGAAAGUCUGAACACCUCACUGGCACUGUGGUACGACUACGUCGUGAAAGGAAGUAUCAAAUCCAAGGAAGCGCUCGCAGACUCCAACUCAUGGGUGGAUGUCCGUGAUAUUGCCCUUGCUCAUGCUAUAGCGCUAGAGAACAAGGAGGCCGGUGGUGAGAGGAUCAUUAUCAAUGAAGGAGGAUAUAUUUGGCAAGAGUGGCUUUCCAUUGCUAACUCCAUCACUCCCUCGCCUCUUCCAUCGCGUGCCUUUCUCCUCGGCUUUCCUGAGAUUCUGGAGGGAAAUCCAGUCAGCAAAUUUCGGUUCCAAAAAUCUAAGGAGGAACAAAUUCUGGGAAUUAAAUUCUACACUAAAGCAGAAACCACCAAGGAUAUACUCGACGAUUUUGCUAGACGGGGAUGGUAG